CUCCUCGGUCCCGUACACACCAUCCACGCCCUCCUUCCCAGCUUCAUCCACAGGAAACCCACCACAGCCAUUGUCAACGUCAGCUCUGUCCUAGCCAGCCUCUACCCCGGCGGUCUGUCUGACUACGCAGCCAAACCUAAAGACCCUAAUGCACCACUGUCUCGUUGUUGAGGCUCGCUAUGCCGGGUAUGACAAACACGUUGGGCUCUUCCUUGUCGAGAUCGGGCAAAUGGAUACCCCGCUGUCUGACUGGGUUAAGCUUCCAAAUGCGCUGGCGCCCGUGUUGCGCGCGGAUUACGUUGCAAGAGCAAUUCUUGCUGCUGUAGAGUCGGGUUCGGGGGGUGGAGUGCUCCGCUUGCCUCGGUAUGCCAAUUAUGUGUGGCUGUAUGAUGUUUCGCCUGGAUUGGUGAAGCGGGGUGUCAGGUCUCUGAUGGGGUUUGGUCAGGCUUUGGUUGUGUCGGGGGAGAAACAUGACUAGACAUCUCUGAUGUGCAAUCAAUCUAUAGCCUGGUAUAUUUCGGACGAGGACAGGCUAGGGAACUCAAGACAACUGAUG